AUGGGGUGAUUUUCAUGACUGAGAUCUGUAGCUGUAGUAGAGCUAGAGAGAGACCAGGUACGUACCAGUGAGUGAUCGUGACUCGACUGAGGUCGAGGAUGCAGUAUAAUUAUAAGUCACUCUGAAAGUUAGAUCUAAAUCCUGAGAUGUCAUUAUUAAUGGAAGCUUGCGAUACGGGUGAUGUGGGUGUGGUUCAGUUGGCACUAGAAGGAGGGGCGGAUCCAAACCAGGCCAACGAGUUGGGUCAGUCCCCUCUCUGGUCAGCCAGUUUCGAUGGUCACCUGAAGUGUGUGGAACUUCUAAUCGAUGCUGGAGCCAAUGUUGAUAUGCAAGAAGAGCAUGGAGCUACUGCGCUGCAUGUUGCUGCUCAGAAUGGUCACUUGAGGGUAGUUGAAGUGUUAAUUGCAGCUAUGGCUCGAGUUGAUAUCCAAGCGGAGGACAACGUGACAGCUCUCCACGCAGCCUGUCAGAAUGGACAUGAUGAGGUGGUGAGAGUCCUCUUAGCAGCCAAGGCUACAGUCAACACUCAGAUCAAGUCGGGUCGGUCCCCUCUCUGGUCAGCCAGUUACAAUGGUCACCUGAAGUGUGUGGAACUUCUAAUCAAUGCUGGAGCCAAUGUUGAUAUGCAAGAAGAGGACAACUGGACUGCUCUCCACGCAGCCAGUAGCAAUGGACAUGAUGAGGUGGUGAGGGUCCUCUUAGCAGCCAAGGCUACAGUCAACACUCAGAGCAAGUCGGGCCACUCCCCUCUCUGGUUUGCCAGUUACCAUGGUCACCUGAAGUGUGUGGAACUUUUAAUCAAUGCUGGAGCCAAUGUUGAUAUGCAAGAUGAGGACAACCUGACAGCUCUCCACGCAGCCAGUGACAAUGGACAUGAUGAGGUGGUGAGGGUCCUCUUAGCAGCCAAGGCUACAGUCAACACUCAAGACAAGGACAACCGGACUGCUCUCCACGCAGCCAGUAGCAAUGGACAUGAUGAGGUGGUGAGGGUCCUCUUAGCAGCCAAGGCUACAGUCAACACUCAGAACAAGUUGGGUCGGUCCCCUCUCUGGGCAGCCAGUCGCAAUGGUCACCUGAAGUGUGUGGAACUUCUAAUCAAUGCUGGAGCCAAUGUUGAUAUGCAAGAAGAGAACAACCUGACACCUCUCCACAUAGCCAGUGGCAAUGGACAUGAUGAGGUGGUGAGGGUCCUCUUAGCAGCCAAGGCUACAGUCAACACUCAAGACAAGUCGGGCCAGUCCCCUCUCUGGGCAGCCAGUGUGAAUGGUCACCUGAAGUGUGUGGAACUUCUAAUCAAUGCUGGAGCCAAUGUUGAUAUGCAAGAAGAGGACAACGCGACAGCUCUCGUCGUAGCCUGUCAGAAUGGACAUGAUGAGGUGGUGAGGGUCCUCUUAGUAGCCAAGGCUACAGUCAACACUCCAGACAAGUCGGGUGAGUCCCCUCUCUGGGUAGCCAGUUUCAAUGGUCACCUGAAGUGUGUGGAACUUCUAAUUGAUGCUGGAGCCAAUGUUGAUAUGCAAGCAGAGGACAACGUGACAGCUCUCCACGUAGCCUGUAACAAUGGACAUGAUGAGGUGGUGAGGGUUCUCUUAGCAGCCAAGGCUACAGUCAACACUCAAGACAAGUUGGGACGAUCCCCUCUCUGGUCAGCCAGUUUCAAUGGUCACCUGAAGUGUGUGGAGCUUCUAAUCAAUGCUGGAGCCAAUGUUGAUAUGCAAAAUGAGGACAACUUUACUGCUCUCCACGCAGCCUGUCAGAAUGGACAUGAUGAGGUGGUGAGGGUCCUCUUAGCAGCCAAGGCUACAGUCAACACUCAGAGCAAGUCGGGCCAGUCCCCUCUCUGGUUAGCCAGUUACAAUGGUCACCUGAAGUGUGUGGAACUUCUAAUCAAUGCUGGAGCCAAUGUUGAUAUGCAAGAAGAGGACAACUGGACUGCUCUCCACGCAGCCAGUAGCAAUGGACAUGAUGAGGUGGUGAGGGUCCUCUUAGCAACCAAGGCUACAGUCAACACUCAGAGCAAGUCGGGCCAGUCCCCUCUCUGGGCAGCCAGUGUGAAUGGUCACCUGAAGUGUGUGGAACUUCUAAUCAAUGCUGGAGCCAAUGUUGAUAUGCAAGAUGAGGACAACGCGACAGCUCUCCACGUAGCCUGUCAGAAUGGACAUGAUGAGGUGGUGAGGGUCCUCUUAGCAGCCAAGGCUACAGUCAACACUCAAGACAAGUCGGGUCUGUCCCCUCUCUGGUUAGCCAGUUACGGUGGUCACCUGAAGUGUGUGGAACUUCUAAUCGAUGCUGGAGCCAAUGUUGAUAUGCAAGAUGAGGACAACUGGACUGCUCUCCACAUAGCCUGUCAGAAUGGACAUGAUGAGGUGGUGAGAGUCCUCUUAGCAGCCAAGGCUACGGUCAACACUCAGAGCAAGUUGGGACAGUCCCCUCUCUGGUCAGCCAGUUACGAUGGUCACCUGAAGUGUGUGGAACUUCUAAUCGAUGCUGGAGCCAAUGUUGAUAUGCAAGAAGAGACUGGAGCUACUGCGCUGUACGCAGCUUCUCAGAAUGGUCACUUGAGGGUAGUUGAAGUGUUAAUUGCAGCUAUGGCUCAGGUGGACAUGCAAAAGGAGGAUGGGGCCACAGCAUUGCACACAGCCUGUGAUGAAGGUCACUGUGAAGUGGUAGAGUGCUUAGUGGAGAGAGCCCACUGUGACACCAUUGUAAAAAGGAAUAAUGGCAUGACUCCCCUCCACACUGCUUGCUACGGUGGACACAAAGAUGUGGUACAGUACAUGGUGGAGAGAGCCCACUGUGACACCAGUGUAACUGAUGCUGGAGGCAGGACUCCACUUGACUAUGCAAUACAGAGAGGUCAUACUGAAACCAUCGAAUAUCUUCAGUCUCUUGGGGCACCAUCUGCUGCUCCCAGUCAGAGCACCGACCCUCCAAUCGACCAGCAGCCUCAAGGGUUGUUGAACAAGCUACAAUCACCCGCCGCUAUUCAACGGUCAGAGCGCAUAUCUCGAACAGUAAACGUGAUUAAUACUCUACACAAGCUUAUAGGCAUCACUCGUAAAAAAACUAAACAAUUGUUUUCUCGGAGAAGCAAAGAAAAAAAGGAGUACCUCAAAAACAAGAGUGAUCAUAUCCUGGCCGAGCGUGAAGGACUGCUACCUCUAGGGAGUUAUCAAGAUGUUAUAUUGUCUCCUCAUCUACCAACUGGAAACAUAAGUCAACCGCAAGAAUCCAAACACAGUUUCGAUUUCCCUGGUGUUGAAGCUGUAGCCCACACUCACGUGAUUGUCACCAACUCAUCCCAAACCUUCGUCUGGGAUGGCCAUGGGUUCAAACUUCACAUACCUCAGGACUCUCUGCCAGCUGGUGUUGACCAAUGUCGACUAGACAUCAUGGCCAGUGUAGCUGGACGUUACCAGUUUCCUGACAAUCUCCAGUUGGUCAGCGGUGUAUUCUGGUUGCGUCCUCAUCCCCCGGAUCCAUUCCAGAAGCUGCUGACAGUCGAAAUACAGCACUGUGCGAAGAUGACCGGCUCCACCAAGCUCUCAUUUGUAAAAGCACUUUGCUCCCAGGAGAGUCUGCCCUACACAUUCAAGCAGCUCGAAAGACGUGGCUUGUUCGCUGAUCAGACAUCGUACGGUUCACUGGAGCUGUCUCGGUUCAGUGGACUGGCGGUGACAGGAGAGGAUGUGGAGAGAGUGUACACUGCCAGCCUCUACUACCUUGGCUCAGAGCUGCAUAGCAGGGAAAUACAUUUUGUUGUCAGCUGGAAUGAUGCGAUUCAUAGAACACGUGUAAGUGAGGAGUAUUCCUCUAAAGAAGCCAUUCUCGGACUGAAUCAUAUCGUUGAGUUUGAAGAGGACAGAAUAACACUAGAUGUUCCUAAUGAUGGUGCUGAAGUUAGUGGAGGGUGGAGAAUAACGCCGAUGUUUCAUCCUACGGUAAUGAAGAAGCAUGUUGAUCAGUUCAAACCUGGGCAGUCAAUUCCGCACUGCCACUUAAAUGCUGAGCUGACAAGCAACGAUGAAAUGUCUCCUCCCAAGCUACUCCACCAAGUCAAGCUAGUGGGUGCAAAGGAUCCCUUCAAAUUCAUCACUCUUAACUUGGUCCUCCAGCGAACUCUUCCAGGAUCACCUGCUCAACCAGUGAGUACAGCUCUUCAACAGUUGAUGGACAACUGUCAGCUCAGUGUUACCCAAAUCAACCGUGGAAUCCAACAAAAAGACAUACCAUUUUUGGCUGCAUAUUUCGAUAUUGUUGAGCUCUAUGUCGAUGUGAUGGAAUUAUCUCCUGGCGAGCAAAAUGAUGUCAGCAAAAAGGCAAAUACUCAUGUAGCUAUGAUCGAGUGCUUGAAAAUCUGGAAAAGAAGGAAGCUCUCACAAGCGACAUUCAGGGUCCUUCUGGAGAUGUUAGUAAAGCUGAAGAAAGAGGCGAUUGCUGCUCAAGUCUGUCAGUACUUGAAGGUAUUUUGCUGACAAACUGCUCACUGUAUUGCCUCGUCCCCAGGCCGAGUUGUUUCUAAAAUAACGCUAGGUGGCCAACUAGACCUGGUAA